AUGUUUCCGUACCUGGCGCCAGUAGCGCAGCAGGUGCUUGGAAACCAGGCGGGUGCCGCGCAGGUAGAGCGCGACUUCAGUAGUUGCGCUAAUCUCCUCACGCGCAACAGGAGCCGCAUCGACACCUACUGGGUAGAGAUGGUGAUGUUCCUCCACGUCAACUACAAGCGUAUCCCCGCGUUCAAGGACAUUCCCAUGAUUGCCGCCAAGGAUAUCAGGACAUGUCUGCCGCCACGGUUCAACGGGGGGGAUGCUGACCUGGCCGCCGCUGAGGCUGCCUUCGACGUGAUUGAGAACACCAACAACUCGGACAUCGGCGUGUGAAAGUCGCGAGCGUUUCAUAAGUAGCCUCUUUCUUUGACUCCGUAAGAAGGACGUAGCAGUCAAAGUAGGUUGAGUCGGAGUCGCAUGGGAAGGCUAAGGCUUCUGCUCUUGGUGUUGUGUUACCGAACAGUUUCGCGAUCGUAAACUAAGUACUGCGCGGCUACGGCAGUUGAUUUGAUUUGAACGAUAGACUAAUUUCAGUGCUGGGUACGAUUUCUAUUUUGUUCAAUGCUAUAGCGCCCUUGCCUCUCUUCCUGUACCUUCGUCGUAAACACGCACGUCGUCAAACUCGUCAUGUUCUGUAGGGUAAUUCACGGGUACCGCGUAAUUACCGGGGGCUCUUCUGUACACACAGAGUUCUGUAACACCCCCUGUACCCUACAGAAUAUCUCUGUGCCGCCCCCUGUAUCCUACAGAAUAGUUCUGUAACACCCUCGCACAAUACAGAAUAGUUCUGUGAGUUCUGUGACACCCCCGGUACCCUA